UUUUCCAUAAUGAUCAGACGAUAUGCAAGGGCAGGUAUGCUCUUACCAGCCAUUCGAACAUAUGAAUUUUCUUCAAAUUUAGAGAUACAUGCUUUGGGGUUGGAAGACAACUUAUUUGAGAUACUAUUAGAUUCUUUAUGCAAAGAGGGGCAUGUGAGGGAAGCUUCUGAGUAUUUUUAUAGGAAAAAAGGACAAGACUCAAAUUGGUCGCCAUCUGUUCGGGUCUAUAAUAUAUUGCUAAAUGGAUGGUUUCGAUCAAGAAAGAUCAAGAAAGCUGAGCGAUUGUGGGCUGAGAUGAAAAAGGAGGGCAUAAAACCUAGUGUUGUUACUUAUGGUACCCUUGUUGAAGGAUUGUGCCGGAUGCGGAGAGUUGAGAUGGCAAUUGAAUUGAUUAGUGAAAUGAAAGAGGAAGGAAUUGAUCCCAAUGCCGUCAUCUACAAUCCAAUAAUUGAUGCAUUAGGAGAAGCUGGGCGGUUUAAGGAAGCAUCCGGAAUGAUGGAGAGGCUGUUAGUGUUGGAGUCCGGUCCAACACUGUCGACUUACAAUUCGUUAGUGAAGGGUUUUUGCAAGGCAGGAGAUAUUGUUGGGGCUAGUAACAUUCUUAAGAUGAUGAUGAAUAGAGGUUUUAUGCCAACACCAACUACUUAUAAUUACUUCUUUCGGUACUUCUCCAAGUUUGGGAAGAUUGAAGAAGGCUUAAACCUCUAUACCAAGAUGAUUGAAUCUGGAUACGUGGCAGAUCGACUAACAUACCAUCUGCUGGUUAAGAUGCUAUGCGAGCAGGAUAGAUUGGAUCUGGCAUUGCAAAUUAUCCAAGAGAUGAGGGCAAAGGGUUGUGAUUUGGACUUGGCUACAAGUACCAUGCUUAUACAUUUGUUCUGCAAGAUGCAUCAAUUUGAUGAAGCUAUUGAGUGGUUUCACGACAUGAUUCGGAGAGGACUAGUUCCUCAAUAUCUCACAUAUCAGAGACUGUGCAAUGAUCUGAGAAAACAAGGACUGACUGAAAAGGCAGAGAAACUUAGAAACAUGAUGGUAUCUAAACCCCACUCUGAGAAGUUGCCCAACACAUAUAUUGAAGAUGGAGACUCUUCAUAUACGAGGAGAAAAUCCAUCAUCAAGAAAGCUGAAGAAAUGUCAAAUAUAUUACAGACGUGUAGAAGUCCAAGACAGCUAGUCAAACGUAGAACUCCACUUGAGAAUGCAGUGCUGAGUGCAAACCAGCUUAUAGAAAAUAUUAGUAAACGAGUGGAAUUAGUUUAGUCUACAUUAUGUUGUAUGAUUAUUCUGUAAUAGAUUCAAAGGUUUCUGUGAUGUACAUAAUCCAGCACAAGCUUAAAAUUCUAUCUCGUCAAAAGAAUAGACUUUUUCGCCUAGAAGUUCAGAAAAUAAUGAAUAUGUAAUUGAUUCUGUAUCAUCCAUGGAUUUUAUAAUGCUAAAUUUGUGCCUUUCUCCAAUGACUUGUUUACAUAUAACUCUAAGCGGUAAACUGCUCUGUUGAAGAUCAUAGAGAGUAAUAAGCAGGCUCAAUGCAGGGUGCUGCAGCAUACUUGAAAAAUUGUACAUCAAAUCGCUUUGGUUGAUUUGAAUCGCGGUAUGAAGAGUUAAAUUGAUUUAAGGUACUUUAAGACCAUGAAACUUUGCACAAAUUUCAUGCUUCUCCGUUUGGGAUUUCAAAAAAAAAAAAAAAAAAACAAUUUAUCAUCUUCUACUUUCUUAAUUUCGUUUACAAUAUUCCUCUCCUACUUCUUCUUUUCCCUUUGAUUUCUCAUGUUACUAUCGGACUUAGGCAAUGCUCUGACAUGCGGACAGUUGCUCUUUGGAGAUUGUAUCUCAUUAUUGGAUUUGUACAUUUAAGCUGUUUUAAACCUGUAUAUGUAGUAAAUUAGUGAACCUAUCAUGACCUGAUGGAGUUUUUUUACUCAGAGAUCAUAUAUCCACCAGUGUGCUUGACACAUUGCAAAAGUGACGGUAGCAUAGAUGCUUUUAGUUCUGUGGAUGUACCUGAAUUUAACACAAUUCUGUUUUGAACUUUUACAAUAGCUACAUGAGAUUUGGUGUCCAAAUUUGAACAUUUUAGUCAAAGACGAAUGCAUGUUUCACAAUUUGCUUACGAGGGCUUUCUGCAUUGAUUUCAGUGUAUCACAAGGGAGACAACUAGAACUACAUCACAUUAGCAGUCAACGGAAAGAUAACAGUUGGAAAACCCCGAAAUGAGUCCACAAAAUAAAAUUAAGC